AAUAACAACUUCCUUUAUGAAGGAUAAAACAAUAGUGCCAGAGCACUACUGAAUCUGAAAUCGAAGUAAGCGCUCACUCGAAAAUGGCUCGGAUAAGUUACCUGGUGUGUUGUGUGUGUCUGAUACAAACCGCUCUCGCGGUCAAAGUCAAAGUGGUGAUGCACUCUGAUCAGGAGGACUCCAAGAUGGACGAGGACGAGACGCCGCGCACUGAGUCCUGGGAUCACAAGAAGCGAAUCGAAGUCACCAUGCUGCCCUUUCUUAAAACUCGCAAACAUAUUGAAGAUAAGCAAGUCGAGUAUGAGGAUGAUAAGCCCACCACUGAGAAACCUAAACAACUUCACCCUAACGAGAUGAUAUUCCCAUUAAUUUAUCGGCAGAGCCACAUCAACAGUAUGUUUAAAUUCGGUGAGAAUUGGUAUACCUGGUCUACAGAGAAAAGAACGGAUGGAUCAAAAGCCAUCAAUUACUACAUUUGCUACGAUGAACCCAAACGUUGCGACGACAUAGGCUGGGAACGGACUGACGCUUUACCAAAAUGCGCGUUCCAAAUCGAUUCUCUUCUUCCGGAAGACCGCGCUUGCAUCAACAGCUUCGGCGUCGAGCCGCACUCGGGCGGUGUGUGCGACGGAGCUGAGCAGAUGAAGGUGACUGAGAUAGUCCGCGCGUGUGGACCACGCAUUCGCUCGUUGUGGCGUUUCGUACGAGUUGGCCGUCGUCCGCCGAACGCAGCCAAGCCGGCUGACGUCAACUCCCUCAUUUGUGAAGACGAAGAAGAAUGCUUCAUUACUAUUGAAUAUAGGAUACAUCAUGACAGAAUCACGUUCUCGCUUCACGAACCUACGCGCGGUCAGACAUUUAAAAGCGUAUUGAAACGCGAAGUUGCUGAAGAGGAGAAGGCCGCCGUGACGGAGUCUCGCCCGCGCCUUGUGCACCGCAGCAAGAAGGUGGUACGAGAGGAAGAGCCCCCCAGGGGCGGCAACAAGAAGUACCACAUUAGAAAUAAGAGCAAGACCGAGGGCAAGGGCAUCGCCAAGGAAAGGAACGAUUCCAGCGGAUACGGCAACCGGCGAUUAGUAAAGAACAAAAUAAAAGUCAGAGAAGACGUCUCCGAAGAUAUAUCAGAAUAAGGAACCUCGUCCGUCGCGUGGCAGUUACUGACACUCACGUCGCGGGCAAGUAUUCGACUAGUGCCAAUAACUAUAGAUACGUUAAUUUUUGUACAAAACCUUCAAUGCAGUUUGAUAGAAAAUAA